AUGCCGACCACACAGAAGACAUUGUUGUUCCUAUCUGGCUUUGUCACAAGCCUUGGCUCCGUUGUUGUCAUCUGCUCGAUCCUGGGGACACAGGCAUGGGUCACUAGCACUAUUUUCUUCACAGACGCUAUUUCCAAUGGGACCAUUGUCAUCACCUACGGCCUCUUCCGUGGUACGAGUGCUCAAGAUUUGAAUGAAGGCCUUCAAGAUCUGGAUAAAAACUUUGAGGUUUUAGGGAUAUUGGGCAAUUCUUCCCAGAAGUCUCUGCAUUUGGUGGCCAUCAUAUUCCUGAUCCUGAGUCUGGGAGCUUCCGUCCUGAGCUCAGUGUUCACCUUCUACAACAGCAUCAGCAACCCUUACCAGACAUUCCUGGGACCUAUGGGCGUCUACACCUGGAAUGGACUCAGUGCAUCCUUUGUGUUCCUGACCAUGUUACUGUUCGUGGGGAAUACAGAGUCCAACCAUCUCUCAGAAGAGCUGUCCCAGAAGCUUUACCCAGACACCGUCAACGAGAGAACAACCCACACUUACGGAUACUCAUUUUGGCUCAUUCUGCUUGUCAUCCUUCUGAAUAUUGUCACUGUGGUCAUCAUCAUUUUCUAUCAGAAGGCCCGAUACCAGCAGAAGCAGGAGCAGAGAAAGCCGGUGGAAUAUGCUCCCAGGGACGGCAUUUUAUUCUGAGUCUCGUCUGGCAUCACAUUCGCACUGUCUCUGCCAGUAGUA